AUGUGGACCCUGGCAGUCAGGAAAUUGCGAGGCAGAGAGGCUGCACUCAUGCAGGCUGCUGUUUGGCUCCUCCGGAGGCCAGUGGGACAUCUUGGGGACCUUCGAGAAUUCGUGGAUAUGCAGCACUUGUUGACAACGAAGGAAGGUGUCAACAUCACUGACAGUCAGACGGUGGCUAUGAGGGCGUUCAGUAGCUAUCUGGGUGAGCCGGUCCAAGUCAAGUAUACAGUGGACCCGGUAAAUUCUAUAGCGGCCCUUAUCCACUGGAAGGCGGUUAUGUUGAUGUUGGCAAGGAUGACCUCGAGUGAACGUGAGUACUGGAGAACUCAGUUUCCAAUUCCUGAGGAGGUGGCACGGGCCAGGCCCCGUGCAUUUGACUCUCAUUUCCACCUCGACCGGACACUGCGUGCAAUGGGUUUACCAAAGGAUACUACCUUCCAGUCAUUGCUCGCACGCAGUCCAAUGGAACCGGGAAAGGAGAUUGAGGUUGUUGGAACCUGUGCCUGUUACUGUGACCCCGUUACCUAUCCAACUAAGGAGCAUCUGGCUACACUACCAGAGGACAUGGAGGUCGCAGUGGGGGUACAUCCGAAGCACCAGUACUCGCAGGAGCAGUUCAACCGCGUUGUCCAGGAGCUACGUCAACUUAUCCUUCUGCCUCGUGUCGGAGCAGUCGGCGAGAUUGGGCUGGACCAUUCUGUCCCUAGGGAGCAGUGGGCUCAGCAGUCAGUUAUGCUGGAGAAGAUUCUGCAACUUGUGGAACCCAGGCAUGUCCUGGUAUUACACUGUAGAGGAAUCACCGGAGACAGCGGAGCGGAGGCCUAUCUACUUCUGCUCUAUUAUGUGAAGAAGGCUGUGCGUCCUGACCAGAGAAUACAUCUCCAUUGUUUCAGUGGAGAUUCAUAUGUUCGUGACCAGGUGACCAGUGCCUUCUCACAGCUGUACUUCGGAUUCACCAGUAUGGCUGCUAAGUUCAACAACCAGCAGUCCCAAGCCGUGAGGGGAAUCAACUCUGAAAGAGUACUGUUAGAGACGGACGCUCCAUAUUUUGCCAGACCUGGAACCAAGUGCUCCGCACCAAACCAACUGUUCCGGACAGCGUCGUCUCUAGCACGUUACUGCAAGAUGAACCCGGAAUCACUGCUGGCUACAUCUGUCCAGAACGCCCGACGACUGUAUCGACGCGUGUAG